AUGAACGUUUCACGGCCGGUGAGCCGCAUCCUUCGAACCGCACAGAGGCUACGCCCCUUGUCUCUGGCUUCAUCAUGGCGGCCUUCUUCCUUUACCGGCCGUCCCCUCCGGCGCUAUUCCGCCGUCUCUGCUGCCGAGUUGCAGUUUGGACAGCCAGUGCAUGAGACUCACCCUCACGUGCUCAAGGCCGGCGAAAUCACACCCGGCAUCACGGCCCAGGAGUACUGGGAACGACGCGCCCGCCUUGCCGAGAAGCUCCCGGACGAUGGCGUCGCCGUUCUCGCCGCCGCCGACCUCAAAUACCGCUCCGGCGCCGUCUUCUUUCCCUACCGCCAAGAGUCCAACUUCCUCUACCUCACCGGCUGGAAUGAGGGCGACUCGGUCGCUGUCAUUCAAAAAACCGGCAAAGAAUUCGGCGACUUCGUCUUCCACCUCUUCACGAAGCCAAAGGACCCCGUCGCCGAACAGUGGAUGGGACCCCGCAACGGCGUCCAAGCCGCUAUCGACAUCUUCAACGCCGACAAGGCCGCUGACAUCGCCAAAAUCGAUCGCCACCUCCCCGAGAUCCUCAAGGGCGCCAGCCGCGUCUACACCGACAUCGAGAGGCCGCGGCAGGGCGAGCAGGAGGGCAAGCUCUGGCAGCUCAUGAAGGCCGACAAGUCAUGGUUCCCCUCCGUCAAGCUGCCACUAUACCCCCUCAUCAAUUCCCUGAGAGCCAUCAAAUCCCCAGCUGAGGUGACCAACAUGCGCCGCGCCGGCCAGAUCUCCGGGCGUGUCAUCACCGACGCCAUGCGAAGGUCGUGGACCCGCGAGAAGGAUCUCCAUGCCUUCCUCGACUACCGCUUCAUCGCCGACGGCUGCGACGGCCCGGCCUACGUACCGGUCGUUGCCGGAGGCCAAAACGGCCUCUGCAUUCACUACGUUGUGAACAACAACGUCCUGCGUGACGGCGAGACGGUCCUCGUCGACGCUGGCGGCGAGUACGGCACUUACAUCACCGACAUAUCCCGUACCUGGCCCGUGAACGGCAAGUUCUCGCCUGCGCAGAGAGACCUCUACGAGGCCGUGCUCACGGUCCAGCGCUCCAGCGUCUCACUGUGCCGGGAGAAUGCCAACCUUUCCCUAGACGACAUCCACGACCACACCUCAGCAGGAUUGCUCGAGCAGCUCAAGAGCCUGGGCUUCGAUAUUACAACGCGCGACAUAGACGUGCUGUUCCCCCACCAUGUUGGCCACUACGUCGGCUUGGAUGUUCACGAUGUGCCGGGCUACGGCAGGAGGACGCCCUUGAAGAAAGGUCACUGUGUGACCAUCGAGCCGGGCAUCUAUGUACCGGAUACGGACCGAUGGCCAGAGCACUUCCGGGGCUUGGGCGUGCGGAUCGAGGACAGCAUCUGCGUAGACGAGGAGUCACCGUACAUCCUCACGACAGAAGCCGUCAAGGAAAUCGCCGAUAUUGAGGCUCUGAGAGACUAA